GUGGUCAGCGCUGUGGCCCGGCACCAGACAGCACCUGAACACGCCGUGGACGAGCCGGUCGCCGUGCGCCAACUGGGCGUGCUCGGCAGCCUCCAGUUCGUAGAGCAGGCGCGGGCGGCAGCUCAAGGGAUGGUGUCGCGGCUCUGGAUGGUGUCGACGGCGCUAGACUCGGCCGUGCCCGCUGGCUCGCUGUCCGGCGCCGCGGGCCGCUGGGCCAGCCGGAGCUCAGCGGUUCACCUCAGCAGGCCGGCAGGACACACGGAGCCCGACUGUGAACCGGGGGGGGGGGGGGGGCGGCAGACGGCCGGCCCGAGCAGCCAGCUAGGCCGGCGGACCACCGCCGCCGCCAGGAUUCCCUCGCCAACGCCUCCGCGGCCCACAUCGACGACCUCUAGCCAGCUGUGCCAGCAGGUCCAGCGGCAGCAGCUAACAGCAGCAGGAGCUACUGCAGCGGCAGCAGCAGCUGCUGCAGCAGCGGGGCACGGCGCCGGCGGGGAGCCAGCUCAUCGAAGCGACCGGAGUAUCAGUUGCCGCCUGGUGUACAUACAUACAUACGGGCACUGCGGCCGUGGGCGGCGGGUCAGCCCCAGGCCCUAUAUACCGGUCAGCCGCGGCCACCCCGGUCAGCGCCGCCGGCCGAGCCGGACAGUGUUUGGAGCUGUUCGGACACUGGCGUCAGCGGCGGCGGCGACUGAUGACCGGGCCGGCGGCGCGCGCAGCAUAUCUCGGGUCAGGGCGGCGACGUCCCAUCGAGACCGGGCGGAGACUAGGGAUGGUGUCGCGGCUCUGGAUGGUGUCGGCGGCGCUAGACUCGGCCGCGCCCGCUGGCUCACUGUCCGGCGCCGCGGGCCGCUGAGCCAGCCGGAGCUCAGCGGUUCACCUCAGCAGGCCAGCAGGACACGUCUGUCAGUCAGUCACCAGACGUCUGGCCAGAAGCGGCCGACUCCGGCGGUGCCCUGGCGUGUCAACCGAGCCGUGGCCGGACGGCCGUCGCUCCCUCGCCGCCAGUGCCGUCUGCCAGAGUUUGUCUGCCAUGAGAUACGGGAACCGACUACGAGAGCGCCCUAGAGUGCGGCACCGGCGCGCUGGCAGCCCGGCGGGUGGAGUACCGCGCCGGCAGCGCCGGGCCGCCGCCGCCGGCCGAGGCCGCUCUCACACGCCGCCGUCCCGGUUCGAGUCGCCGGCGGCGGCCCGGUCCCAGCCGGCUGACGGGGGGCGCUCCAGACGGAGUCCGACUGUGAGCCGGGGCGGGUUGCGUGCGGCAGACGACCAGCCCGAGCAGCCAGCUGAGCCGGCGGACCGCCGCCGCCGCCAGGCACGGAGUGAGCCACCGAUCCAGGGAACGAGUCUGUCGGUGGCGGUGGAAUAUAGAGAGGAUCCGGACGGAUGAAGGGUGGCCACGGAAGACUGGAGAGCCGCGGUGACGGCGCGCGGCGCUGGUUCACCGUGGGGGGGGGGGGGGGCUCGAGGGCGCCGAUCGGGGGCACGUAUUCCCGAGGACCUGCAGUGUGGCCACAGCUGGUACGACGGUCCGUGUCUUGUGCACUGCCACGGUGGGGAUGCUCGCAUUUCCUAUUGUGCCGAACAGGUAGCACUGCAGGAUCAAAGUGAUGAACUCAACACAGGCCCUAGUACCGUAGGUAUAGCCGACUGUUCGUACCACCUGAUUAGAGUUAGCCUGCCGGCAUUGAUCGCAGAAUAUUGCGCAUUGCAUAUCUAACUACAUCGCUCAAUAGCCCAUUGAAGGCGACCGCUGGCCGCUGCCAGACCCGGGCUCGUGUCUUGCGGCACAGCGGGAGUUCAGGCGCUGUACUACUAGAGCCAUCUAGGGAGAGGAGCGGCUACUCUGGCCGCUUCGAGUUCGACUUGUGGCGCAGCCGGCAGCUGGGUGCCGGAGUUGAUACAUAACCGUUUGAAGCAGGUUGAUCAAGACUGCAUGCAUUUUCUUUGUUAGGUCCGAUGCCUGGCUUUUGCAUUGCUUCACAUACAGAGUGAAACAGUAAAGACUUAAAGCCCUAUCCGCUUACGUGCUCAUCGUGUUUACGCUCAUGGGCGGAGAAUUGUCAUAAUCCCAGGGGGUGCUUUUCCAGCACCUGUCGAAUGGAAGCGUCGAAUUCUUGCAUAGAAAAGCACAUAACAGGGACGCUUUCCCAACAGUAUCACUCUCCUCGCGAGUUACGCAAAGCAGUUCGGUCUCAGACGUAAUUUAAGCAACCACUGGAGUGCUAUUAUAUGGUGACCUUUGAAUUUCAGGGGUUGCUCGAGCACCCCCAAAAUUCCUAAUAUUCCACCCCUGUUUACGCUCCGUAUGUGAAGCGGUCUUUAGGCAAACAAUGCCGGCAGGCGGCUAUUUUUCUGUUGGUAAAACUGGCCUCUGAUCUAUAUAUAAAACGACAAUAUAUUAAAAUAUUUUU